AUGGCCGCCCGUCGAGGCCUCUCGUCGUCCCGCGCCCCGACGACGGCCCCCUCGGCGUCCGCGUCCAGUCUCACCUCGUCGUCCUCGUCGUCGCCCCUCGCGUCCUACGCCGCCGCCUCCGCCUCCGCCCGCACGUGGACGCCGCUCCGCGACAACCACUUCCACCCGCCGCCGCUCUCGGCCCGAGAACGGGCGUACCUCGUGCGCAAGUCGUGCGAAGCAGCGCAAGAGCUCGUGGAGCGCGCGCGGAGCGCCGGGGGCCCCAUCGCCUGGCGCCACGUGGAGAAGCACAACGACGUGCAGAUCUACGCGGGUUCGCCCCGCGCGACAACGGCAACGACAGCGGCGGCCGGGGGCGCGGCCGCCACCGCGGGCAGCAUGUGCGGCGUCACGAGCGUCCCGGGGACCGUCGCCGAAGUGGCGUCGCUCUUCGAGUUGGGCUCGACGCGGCAGAUGAAGGAGUUUGCCCGCGCCCACCGCGAGUGGUUCUACGACGGCGUUGUGCUGCACGUGAUGGCGGCCCGGACGAGCGACAAGCCGCUGCACCAAGUGACGGCCAAGUGGAUGGUCGCCCAGAUGCCACCCGGGCUCCCGCAUCGGGACUUUUGCUUCCUCGAGUGCCAAGACAAGUUUGUCGACGCCAGGGGCCGCAAAGGAUGGGUCUUGGGGCAGCACUCGAUCAAACUCCCGGGCUGCGACGACCUCAAGCGCGAGUUUGGCCUCGUGCGUGGGAGCCUCUACCACUCGGGCUUUGUCGUCGUCGAGAGCGAAGAGCGCCCUGGGCACGUCGAUGUGAUUCACUUGGUGCAGCUCAACUUGAAAGAGCGCACGCCCGUGCCGCUGAGCGUCCUGCGGACGCGCGUGCUCUUUGUCACGCAAGUGCGCAACAUGCUCCGCAGCAAACGACUGAACGAACAGCGCUAUCGAAGCGACUUGGAGCUCGUGCCGAAAAAGUACCGGAGCAAAUGUGCCGUGUGCAAAGACUCGUUCUCGCUCUUGUUGCUCCGGAAGCUCAACUGCCGGAAGUGCGGUGACGUCGUUUGUGCAGCGUGCAGUAAGGAGUUCCCGAUUGAAAACUGCAGCUUUGCAGCAUCCAAUGGAGGAGACGAAGUGCGCAAACUGCGCAUCUGCAUGCACUGUUUCCAGGUGAUUACCAACGCUCCAAAGCCGACGUCAGCAUUGGUGCAACCGGCUCACUCGUCGACAAUCUCGAUGAGCUUCUUGGGUGUCGAUGAUGCUGAUCGGCACUUGGCGUCGCGGAGCGGUGGGCGCUACAAUGGCCGGGAAGGAGAACCGCCGAAGAUUUUCCUGCAAUCCAUGCGCCAUGAAAAGCCUUCGCGUCAGCGCCUGUCAAGUACGUUACACAUGUCUGGAUUCCGGUCAGACGUACCGCACUCGGCGUCCCGGCACAUGAUGCGAGGUGAACCGGAUAUGGAGCUGUAUUCGAGAUCCCAGCAUCGUCACCAACAGCAGCGUGAGUACGGUCGGUCGCACAACCAUCCCGAAAGUCAGCGCAUGCGUCCGUCCGACUUCCGACCGAGCCAGAGCUUGUCGCUAGAUGACCCCAUCACCAGAGGCGAAGAUCGGUAUACGAUGGAUAUGCCGGGAUCAGUUGCAGCCCCAUCCUUUACCUCGGUUUUCGAUCAUUCAGCUACCGAUGCUCGGCACAGCCCACUUCAUGGGUUCACAAGCGGCAGCAGCAGUGAUCUGUUGGUGGAGAUGAGCAGCAACAAUACACGAAAUUUCAGUCGGCUCCAAGAGUUGAGCAGCCGCGAACGACUGGAGCGAUUACAGCGCGAGGACAACAUGGCUCGAUCGAACACCGACCAUCGCAUGCCUGAUGCCUACAUGUCUGCACUUCAGCAAGCAAGCCGCGACAAGCACGAGUUUGACGUGCCAACACCUAUUUACCAGGCUCCGCUGAGCGACUUUGGCUCGUAUCGCGCGACACUAGACGACGAAUCGGUUGCUCCCCCCGUUUUCGGUCCGUUCGAUUCUACGUUGGACGUCGUGGCUGGACCUCCCUUGCUGGACGUGGAUGCGCUUCGUAUAACCGAACCAUCGGUUUCGAUUGAGCUUACUAGCUUGAGCCCAGCCGCAAGGCCUCCAACGACACAUCAGCGUGACGAUAACGAACUUUUACGUCUGCGCGAACGCAAAGCUGAACGCCGUCGUGAGUCCACGAGCUCGGAUUCUUCUGCCAUCUCAAUCGAUAUUGACACGUACGAGGGUACAUCACACCUUGCCACGGUUCCGUCAAUUCCUGAACAACAGAAACUGCGUGGCGAGCAGUAUCAGAUGCAUGUUGCAGGGAAUGUGAAGCCGAAGGUAGUUGUCGGAUCGAGGACCAGUGCAUCGCAUGGGAACCGCAUGAAUGUAGCGUGCACCCACGACACUGACGAAGAUUCGGAUACGUCGAUGGGUGCCUCGGACGACGAAGAAGAAGGUCAAACCAGCGUCGAUUGUACACCUGUAUCGAUACCUGCGCCGCCUCAUAGGUUGCUCGACGACAAUGCUGAGGAGACAAAGGCACAAGAAUAUUCAGAAACGUUGGCGUUGCCACCUCCGUCCCCGUCUGCUCACGGAAUGACUCGUACGACGCUAGAGCGCCCAUCUAUUGCAGCAUCGUCGGCAAGUUGGUCAUUGGUGGACCAGUCAUCAGCAGCAGUAGCUAGGAAGGAAGGAGCAGCGAAAAAAAAAUUGCAAACGAAUACGGAGGCUGUCAAGGAUACCUGCAUUGAUCAUGGGUACCAGCUGGGACGUUUAAAAGCGGACGAUAGGACUAAUGGUGAGGUGCUUGGUGUACACGUUUCACCAAAACAUAGCGGGGUGCAGAUUGCUGGCGAGAAACAGCGCGUGCGUGGACUCCGCGAUGAAGCGAACGAUGACGGUUUGGUCAGCCGCGAACGGCGGCUAAUGGGUGCAGAAAAUGCAGUGGUUUCUGAUACGAGCGGCGGCGAUAUGAACUAUCUGGAUGCUGGUCAGCGCCACCAAUCUGACGGACAGGCCACUACGACUUUUUGUGGGCCAAGCAGCUCGUCACCUGAGCUCAGCGAUGGUAUGGCUGCAGCUUCGAACACUGCUGUCGAUGCCUCCAGCACUGCUGCUGGUAAUGCUGAAGGCGCGUUGCCUCUACCUGAGUGCACGCCAAGAUCACUGAAGAAAGAGCGUACCGAAACAUCAGCUUUGUCGCGGCACGUGCAUGCAUAUACUAGCCGUGAGGAUGGAGUUGUUCUCGACAAUGUGGGGUCGUAUGAGCGCUCUCCGUCGUUGAAUGAGGAUGAUGGCGAUGCGCACCGGUUUGGUCAAAAGGGAUUGAGCGACAUGAGCUCUGUGACGUCGACGUCUGGUGCCGAGACUGUCGACCACUUUGUUACUGGUGGUAGCGUCGCAUCAUUUGCUGCGGAAGAUAUUGCAGAAGAUCUUGUCACUGUAGGGGUCAACAUAUCCACUUCUCUCAGCGUUCAUGAUGAGCAGGCUUUCAUGUCGGUUAUGCCAUCAAUUGAGACACAGAGGAGUGGGGACAACGUUUCGGAAACUGACUUGAGUGUGACGCGUAGGACAUCGGUCUCUUCGCUUUCCAGCACCAGCGCUCGAGAUGGCAGCAUCAGUAGCAUGGGCUUGUGUAUCACGGCACCGAAUGAGUCUUCUGCGCCAAGCAGCACUGACAAUGUGCUGCCUGUAAUUAGUUCCGAUUGUACCCAGACGACAGAGCAGGAUGGGAAACAGGAUCACGAAAUUGCGGCGAGGGAGGCGCAUGUCCUGACGACUGCAUCAACGACGUCGGGGCAGAGCAGUGACUGCUAUGCUCUGGAUAAUUUUCAGCCCAAUUUUCCUGCGUCUUUCGAUGCUCAGUAG